CCCUCAUUCAUAUAUCUCCUCCCUCUCGAGAUAGAUAGAUAUAUAUAAAAUUUAUAUCUAUAUCUAUCUCUAUAUUCUCUCUCGCACACUGUUUUUGGAUCUGAUUUGUUGAUUGGGGGAUGGGGACCACACUGCUAUCAGAUCUAGGCACUGAAAUCGUCAUUCCAGUAUGUGCGGUUAUCGGAAUUUUGUUCUCGCUUUUCCAGUGGUAUCUCGUUUCUCAAAUUAAAGUCUCGUCGGAAAAACCUGCCGCCGGUAGUGACGGUAAAAACGGUUUUACUGAAUCCUUGAUUGAAGAAGAAGAAGGAGUUAAUGACCAUAAUGUUGUUCAAAAGUGCGCCGAAAUCCAAAACGCCAUUUCUGAAGGAGCAACGUCUUUUCUGUUUACUGAAUACCAGUAUGUUGGUGUUUUUAUGGUCAUUUUUGCUGUUCUCAUCUUUGUUUUUCUCGGCUCUGUUGAGGGAUUCAGCACAAGCAGCCAAGUAUGCACAUACGACACCACCAAGAUGUGCAAGCCAGCUCUAAUGACAGCUCUCUUCAGCACUGUGGCUUUUGUGCUCGGUGCCAUAACUUCAGUCAUCUCUGGAUUUCUUGGUAUGAAAAUUGCCACAUACGCAAAUGCCAGAACUACCCUUGAGGCUAGAAAGGGUGUCAGUAAGGCAUUUAUUGUUGCCUUCCGAUCUGGUGCGGUCAUGGGGUUCCUCCUUGCUGCAAAUGGCCUUCUUGUAUUGUAUAUUAUCAUCAAUGUCUUCAAGCUUUAUUAUGGUGAUGACUGGGAAGGCCUUUUUGAGUCUAUUACUGGUUACGGUCUUGGGGGUUCAUCCAUGGCUCUUUUUGGUAGAGUUGGUGGAGGUAUCUAUACGAAGGCUGCUGAUGUUGGAGCCGAUCUUGUUGGCAAGGUUGAAAGGAACAUUCCCGAAGACGACCCCAGAAACCCAGCGGUUAUUGCUGACAAUGUGGGUGACAAUGUCGGGGAUAUUGCUGGUAUGGGAUCUGAUCUCUUUGGCUCAUAUGCAGAGGCCUCUUGUGCUGCUCUUGUCGUUGCUUCCAUUUCAUCAUUCGGGAUCAACCAUGAUUUCACUGCAAUGAUGUUCCCACUUGUCGUGAGCUCUGUGGGCAUCCUUGUGUGUUUGCUUACCACCUUGUUUGCCACUGAUUUCUUUGAAGUCAAAACUGUAAAGCAAAUUGAGCCUGCUUUGAAGAAUCAACUUAUUAUAUCAACUGUGCUGAUGACUAUUGGUAUUGCACUUGUUAGUUGGAUUGCUCUUCCUUCUAGCUUUACCAUUUUCAAUUUUGGAGCCCAGAAAGUAGUUAAGAACUGGCAACUAUUCUUGUGCGUCAGUGUGGGUUUAUGGGCUGGUCUUAUUAUUGGAUUCGUAACCGAGUACUACACUAGCAAUGCUUACAGGCCUGUUCAAGAUGUUGCUGAUUCUUGCCGUACUGGAGCUGCCACAAAUGUUAUUUUUGGUCUUGCUUUGGGAUAUCAAUCAGUUAUCGUCCCCAUUUUUGCAAUUGCAAUCAGUAUUUUUGUUAGUUUUAGCUUCGCUGCUAUGUAUGGUGUUGCUAUGGCUGCUCUUGGGAUGUUGAGCACCAUAGCCACUGGUCUAGCCAUUGAUGCAUAUGGUCCAAUCAGUGACAAUGCUGGAGGUAUCGCUGAAAUGGCAGGGAUGAGUCACAGAAUUCGUGAAAGAACUGACGCACUUGAUGCUGCCGGAAAUACAACUGCAGCUAUUGGCAAGGGUUUCGCUAUCGGUUCUGCAGCUCUUGUAUCCUUGGCACUUUUCGGUGCAUUUGUGAGCAGGGCUGAGAUUACAACUGUAAAUGUUUUGACCCCUAAAGUUUUCAUUGGUUUGCUUGUCGGUGCUAUGCUUCCAUACUGGUUCUCAGCCAUGACAAUGAAGAGUGUGGGGACAGCAGCUCUUGCCAUGGUUGAAGAAGUUCGUAGGCAAUUCAACACAAUUCCAGGUCUCAUGGACGGCACUGGUAAACCAGACUACGCCACCUGUGUGAAAAUCUCCACCGAUGCAUCCAUUAAGGAGAUGAUUCCACCUGGUUGUCUUGUCAUGCUAACUCCCCUUAUUGUCGGAACUCUAUUCGGUGUUGAAACACUUUCUGGUGUUCUUGCUGGAUCUCUCAUCUCUGGUGUACAGAUUGCAAUCUCUGCAUCUAACACCGGUGGUGCUUGGGACAACGCCAAGAAAUACAUCGAGGCUGGAGUUUCUGAGCAUGCAAAGUCACUUGGACCGAAAGGGUCUGACGCACACAAGGCGGCAGUGAUCGGAGACACUGUUGGGGAUCCUUUAAAGGACACUUCUGGGCCAUCUCUAAACAUUCUGAUCAAGCUCAUGGCUGUUGAAUCUUUGGUGUUUGCUCCGUUCUUUGCCACCCAUGGAGGCCUUCUGUUCAAGCUUUUCUAGAUUCAUGAUAAAGAAGGUGAUGUUGGCAAUUUGUUCUCUAAUUAGCCUUCGGGUGGUAGGCCUAUCAUGUCGUCUCGUUUGUUUAGCUGUAUCAUUAAAAUGUCUUUUUGAUUUUUCAAGUCAUUUAGCAUAUGCUGGUCUGCUUUAAAUUUGUGGGUCUUAUUUUUGAUGUUUUGUUGGGCACUUAGAAAAUUUUCCAUUGGGGAUUUUGAUUAUGUAUGACAUGAUAAUGAUGAUAAGUAGUUGGUCUUAUGAAGAGGUUGAACA